GCUGCAUCUUUGUCGUGUGGUGCUUUUGUUUUGUUUUGUUUUUUGGGGGGGGUUCUGAAAAUUCUGUAUUCCUGGGGAAAACACUUCCAACCCGUUUCCUCCUCCAGCCCUCGCGGGGAGAGAGGGCAGCGUGCUGUGGAACAGAACUCUUCUGAGAGCUAAAGUGGGGGAGGGGAUUUCUGCAACCCAAAGAAAGCGAGGCCACUAUGCAGGUUUCUUUUGUAUGCUCAGAGCACAGCAUAAAGAGCCGGAGUGCAGACGAUCGACUGAACAGACAAAAUGCCAGCAGUCCCAGCCUUGGCACGCGGAGCAAAUUCCGAGCAGUCGCCAUGGUUGCCCGGAGUCUGGGGCAGCUGUCUGUGCAAAAUGCCCCAUCCUCAAGUGACUCCAGCGUGAAACAGCCCGGAAUGAAAUAUAGAAAUCUUGGGAAAUCGGGGUUGCGAGUGUCCUGCCUUGGCUUAGGAACAUGGGUGACGUUUGGAGGGCAGAUUACAGACGAGAUGGCAGAACAGCUGAUGACUUUAGCAUAUGACAAUGGCAUUAACCUGUUUGACACAGCAGAAGUCUAUGCUGCUGGGAAGGCUGAAGUUGUGUUGGGAAAUAUUAUUAAGAAGAAGGGUUGGAGGCGCUCUAGCCUGGUCAUCACAACCAAAAUCUUCUGGGGAGGAAAAGCAGAGACUGAGAGGGGACUCUCCAGAAAACACAUCCUAGAAGGUCUGAAGGCUUCCUUAGAACGGCUGCAGUUAGAGUACGUGGAUGUCGUGUUUGCUAACAGACCAGAUCCCAACACACCCAUGGAAGAGACGGUGAGAGCAAUGACCCAUGUUAUCAACCAGGGAAUGGCCAUGUACUGGGGAACGUCGCGCUGGAGCUCCAUGGAGAUCAUGGAAGCUUACUCAGUGGCACGGCAGUUUAACCUAAUCCCGCCGAUUUGUGAGCAAGCCGAGUACCACAUGUUCCAGAGGGAGAAGGUGGAGGUGCAACUCCCUGAGCUCUUUCACAAGAUCGGGGUUGGCGCCAUGACCUGGUCCCCGCUGGCCUGUGGAAUUGUUUCUGGAAAAUAUGAUGGUGGAAUCCCCCCUUACUCUAGAGCAUCACUGAAGGGAUACCAGUGGCUAAAAGACAAGAUCCUGAGCGAAGAGGGAAGGAGACAGCAAGCAAAGCUGAAGGAGCUGCAAGCCAUUGCCGAGCGCCUGGGAUGCACCCUGCCACAGCUCGCCAUCGCCUGGUGCCUGAGGAACGAAGGAGUCAGCUCCGUUUUGCUAGGCGCUUCCAAUGCAGACCAGUUAAUGGAGAAUAUCGGAGCAAUACAGGUUCUUCCAAAAUUGUCCUCUUCCAUUAUACACGAGAUUGAUAGUAUUUUGGGCAAUAAACCAUACAGCAAAAAGGACUACAGAUCCUAACUGUGCCUACUGUCCCCCUGGACUCACUCUCAACUCCUAGCCUUCUGUUUGCUUGCUUAAGCUUUACUGAAGCCAAGUGAAGAGUGUGAUUGGCAUCAAAAGAAUACAACAUGGCAAGAUGUGUUAGAGAAAUUGUUUAAAAUGUUGCUGCAAGAUGACAUAUGCUUAUUAUGUAACAUUUAUUUUGAAUGCAAGAAGAGUCACCGAUUGGGAAGGGUAUGCCAGAGCUGUGAUUUUACCCUAGAUGAUUGGCCUCUGUGCUUCCUUUUUUAAAAGAAGAAACUACUUUUUUCACAAACACACACAGAAUAUCAUUGCUUUUUGUUAAUUCCAGCUCCUAUCCAAUGUGCUUGAAUAUUCAGAUCUGACACAUGCACCAUUUAACUGGAAGAAUUAUAGUCUCUGUUCCAAAAGCAAUGCUGGCUUUACAUGCUCUGGCUAAUGUGAGUGUGGAGGACUGUCUGUGGUAACCAUCUAGGCAUGUUAGAAACAGCUGUUGCAAGAGUGCUGCUUGCAUCUCCUAACUGGUUCUGUUCUUCAGUUCGCUCUGUAUAUAUUUCUGUUGGAGAAGAUUGUAUUUUUUGAAGUAUUCAAAGUGAAUCAGCCAAGUUGUUGGCAAGCAGGUGUAAGAGUUCAUGCUCCACGAUUCGGUAGCCUCCCCAAGGCCCGCACUAGGACUGGGGAGGGUUUGUCACGGUGCUUUUUUUAUUUUUCUGGUGCCUCCUGGUUGACCUUCCGAGGUGGUGUUGCUAAUCACACAAGGCCUGAGCCCACUCAGUUCCAGUCAGGGGGCUUUCUCUCCCUAUGAACAGGCUGUGUCCUCAGCCCAAGCGCCUGUUGGCCUCAGUGGGCUUCCUGGGCGUUUUGCUGAGGACGGAGAGCAGGAUGCAGUUUGUGGCUUUGAACAGAAAUGGUGUGUUGGCAUUGAAGGCAUUCCAGUAAGACUCCCUCACCUAGAAAAGCUAGCACUGCCUGCUAGAGAGAAAAGCACUCUAUUUUAACAUGAACAUCUUGCUGGUUUCAUUAUUUCCUCUGUAAUUCACUCAGGUCUAGGUUCUCAAUUUAAACUGCAGAUUAGUUGUAAAUGUUUAGUUUUGUACAUGUAAAACAGUGUAACUGCUUAGUAUGAAAGAGAGCAGAGACCUUCAAUUAAUCUGUCCAGGAAACACUCGGCUUUAAUUUUAGAUGCUUGAUGUCCUUAACACCCAGAAUCUGGAGGUUUCGUAAGCAGCCUCUCGACCUGCCUGAGCCAGUCAUUCCUUUAGAAGGAGCAGAGCAGACAGGGAUUUAGUUUACAUGAGUUCCGAGGACAAUCAUGGAGCAUCGUUACCAACUGCACAUAAUACAUGAUGGUAAUGAGCAAGGAUGUGGGACUAAGGAGUUCAAACCCCCAGACUUGCGGCUGUGUCUGGUCUGUGGCCAGGUGCUGCUCAGUAACGUGGAUACUGCACACGGGACUGAACAGUUACAGUGCAUAUUUUUGAGAAUCUUUUGCCUUUGCAAACAAAAACAAAUAUUUUUUGUAUGUUACAAAAUCAUUAUUCUUGUUUCAUAUGCCUGACUUGUGUGUGCUGCUACCUAAUAUGGUACCAACUUUCCCCUAAAAUUUCAGACUGCAUUUGUAGGUACUUGCUUCAGCGCUGACCUAUGUGCUAUCACUGAGGGAAAUAUUCAAUUGAGCAGCAGAUAGCUUGGUCUCGCUUGCCAGAUGAAUUACUUUGGUAGACUGCUAGCGUCCCCAUUUCCAUUAAAGAUUAAUCUCAUCUUAAAAAGGAGGGGACUUUUUCAGGAAUUUAGACUAAUUGUUACAAUGUUGUGGAACCACUGAGUCAACUUGAUAUAACAGUCAACAAAUACAUAUUCAUUUCCUGUCCUAAACUCAUAGGUAGCAUUGCUAGUGCUGUUAAACGGAUGCCACUUUUCACCCUAGAGGUGGCUGCAUUUCAUUGUUGGCUAUAGGGAUCCCUUUAGGAUGCUUCUGUAAAUAAGAUGCUAUAGGAUAAGCCAUUUCACACUAGGUGGUCUGAGAUGUAAAAGCCACAGAAGUUUGCAUUACUGUAGUAAUCGCAUACUUCAAUUUUUGGUAUAAUGUUGGCAGUAUUUUCUCAUAACUAUUGCAUAGAUAACAAGGGGUUAGCUCUUGGGAACUUGAAACAGACUCUUAUCUGUUGUCUACCAUGUGGUUAGGUUUCUGCUAACCUUAGGGUGCAGAAUUAUUCCAGCACUUUGCCGUCUCUGUGGACAAUCCAUAUAAGAUGAGUAAUACUUAUGAACAAUGAUAAAGCAACGGUGGUGAGGAAUCAUUGUUCCCUGGCAGGGUUAACGUUUUCCAGGACUCUGACUGCAUUUAUUUAGGUUUUACAAAUAUUAGUGCUUCUGUUCCGUUUUUUCUCUUUCCAGGGGCAGCUGUUCCCAGCACAGAGCACUUCCCCAGCAGCACUCUGGGAGCUGGGGACUUGCUCUGAAAAUGCCCUUGCAUUUCUUGAAUUAAUUGGCACUACCCAAGCAGUGCCUGUUUGGCAUUUGUGCAGAGAUUGUGUGUGUGGACGUGGGUCACACAAACCUCUCUAGCACAGCAGGAUCAGAGCACUGACCUAACCCACAAACAAAUCACCCCCAUCUAUUGGCAGGGCUUGAUCUGGUUCCAUUAAGGCAUAAAACGGCCCUUGGCUGUGUCCUCCCAACACGUUAGGUUACUGCAGUGGGAGGGAACCAGCUACCUCGUGGAAAGCUGAUUUGCUCUGAACAUUUUUGUCUUGCUCCUUUUUAAAAGGCAUUUCUGCACCCCCCACUGGACUGGUCUCUUUGCAGCCGGUGGUGUGGGCUCGGGCUGUGUCAGCUCCAUUCCCAGGCCGGGGGUGGCGGCCUUGGCUCAGGCCCCAGUGCAGAUAAACAAGUUGUGAUUUGCACCAGUGCAGUUUAUUCCUGAUUGACUUUGCAAAUUAGAAUAUGAAUGCGCCUACUUGUGACUCUGCUAGUCUGCAGCAGGGGUCUGAACCACCAGCCCUGCCUGUAACUUCACUGGUGCCCAGAUACAGUGCAACCAAAGAGCCCUACGACUAAUGUGCGCGAUGCCGUCUUGCCCAGCCACUGCUGUUCCUACUCCCCCAUCACCAUCCAGCCCCAGACACAGACCCUGCCCUGUUGUGAUCAGUCCCUGGUUAUGACCCAGAAUGCUGCUCUGAGGACUGUGCAUGUCGCUGCCCAGUGUUUCAGGCCUGAUGCUUGUUGCUACUGAAUUUAAAUUUCCUUUAAGAGUAGAGUCUGUACAACUUUGAAUCCAGCCUCAAUUUUUAAGCUGUUGUAAAAAUACGGUGGGCCUGUUGCAUGGGGUGUUAGCUCCCUGCAGCGCUGCACGUGCAUUGGGGUGGGCUUUUCCAGCAGGCAGGCACGAUGGAAGAGAGCCCGUCUCAAUACUCCCUGUGCAUUGUGCUCGGCCGUGCACCGAGGCAGGCGGCCCCAGCACCAUCCUGCCAAAGUUCCAGCCCGGCCUUCUCACUCCAGCUCCGCCUUCUCCCUGCCCCGUGCUGCACACCCACCCCCCCGAACUGCAGUGGUACGCUUGAGCCUGUCUGUCCCAAGCACGUGGGGCGGCGGGGGAGGAGGGCGCAGCUGAACAAAGUGGUUACUUUCCUAGCUCUUAGGCCCCCAGGAGCCUGCAUCACAUUCUCCCCAGUUUAAAGAGAGGAAACUGUAACGUAAGUGCCUGAGAGGGUCCCUUUUAUUCGGCCUUGAAUUUUCCCUGAACACGCAUGAAAGGCCUGUCCGGGAGCACAUGGUGCAGGGUGUUCUCCAGUGACUCCAAGCCCAGCGUCACCAUCUGCUCUACCUGCCAUUUGUAUCUGUUCCAUAAAGCAUGGCAAGAAUCGGGCCUGCUCUCCUGCUGGAAACGCAGACGCUGCUCGCUGCAUUGGCCCUGCACUAGCAGAGGGCUGGGACCAGCUGGAGACUUGGAGGUUUUUUGGUUUGUAAAGAACCUGUUAUUUACUUCUUGGCAAUAGCUAAGCCCCAGUGUGGAGUGGCCAAGUCUGAUACCAGCCAAGAAACAAGGAGCUAAUGUUACACAAGUGUUGGUCAUGCCCAUUUCUCCUCAGUCUGCGCACCCCGUACAGAGCCUGGCCACAUGCCAUGGCCGGCAGUCCUGCACAGCUGUGACCAGCCCAUUGCAUUCCAGGCCUCAAUAUGGACUCCAGAGGCCACGCAGGGUCCUUCGGGCCCGGGUGUGAGCGAGUUGGUCACAGAGGUUUUACCAAAUGCCUAACGCCAUCGUUACCUGCUGAGAGCGCUGGGCCAGUGCGUCAGUCAGUGACGCUCGGCUCUGCACUUGCAUUUCAAGAACUGACUCAAGGGAUUGGCAGGACUGAUGACUGCAACCCUCCCCCCCAGUCCUUCUGCUCGCUGGGGCAUAGGAUGCCUGUUCCUAACCCAGUGUAACUAUAUAUUUACAUGGAAUGGGUGAGCCCGCUGCUGUGAGCAGGCGAAUAACCGUCUGGCUUGUGGGCCCUGCGAAAGGGCCCAUUGCUUGGGUAUCGGCUGCCCUUUGGCGCGAGGAGUAGGCUGGUCAGGGAGUAAUUGCCUUUGGUGGUGGUGUGAAACCCCAAACAGAAAUGCUGCAGGAAAGCGCAGGGUGUUGGUCUUGCUCCCCGGUGGCGGGGGGGGGGUUCAGGUCUCCCCAGCGUAAGGAAUGGGCAGGGAGAGUGUAAGGUGGUGACUCAGACAAGCCAGACAAAUAACAGCCGCUAAUGUGCAAUCGUAGGCAAGCUAAUGUUACCUGCAGCCCCAGCAUCCCUAGGGGGCACGGUGUGGGGCUGCACCUCUUCAUGUGAAUGUUAUGAUACAAAAUGAAACUGGGGGAGGAACCACCCCCAGCCACCAACGCUUGCUCCUGCGGCCCUUGAGCGUCCCAUCCCGGAGCUGUUCAAGGACUUUUCCAGUCUGAGCCUCCAUGUCCUACCCCAGGGGGUCUCUCUGGUUUCCGUGUAUGAGGAGUGUAACGUGGGUGUGCAGGUGAGUUCUGGCUGUGGUGUGUGCUUUCGCUGCCAGUCAGCGAGCCCGGCUAUUUACCAUGGAAAAUUCUACUGCCCCCAGUAGCUGUGUUAUUGUCCCGUCUUACGGUCAAUCCUUGUAUGUAAAUAAAGCGCUUUCUUUUUAUCUGUAUAUAGAGAGAGAGACACGUAUCUAGGACUGUGAUUAUUACGCUCGCUCUAACUGCAUAAACGCUAGGCAAAGCCAGCUGACUGCAUUGUGCUGCUGAAUGAUGAUUGCGACUGAUAUUCAGCUACUGUAUUUAUGGUAUGACAAAAUAAAAGGCCAGCCUGA